AUGAGUGGGAGGAUUCUCUCCCACCGACUUGUUCCGCUUGUGCGGGCUGGCCUGGCACGCCAUCUUCAUAAUGCAGGCGCUCGAACGGGGGGCCUGCUGCGUGCUGAUGGUGGUGCCGCCUUGAGGAGACGCGCCUGGCCCAUCGGCUCAAAUGGGAUUCACAAUAAUGUCCCUGCUGUCCGAUCGAUCUCAUUUGCACGGAUGUUGCCAAAACUGGCACUCAAGCUUGUUCGUAUUCCGGCUAUGUUUGGCGGAGCGACGAUUGCGGGAGUCGCAUAUUUACAGUACCAAGCAACCCAGGCUGGAACUUAUGCAGUUGAUAUGCUGAAAGUAUUCGGAGAGACGGCGGGCAACACGGCAUCGGGCUUCUUCCAGGGACUUCAGGAUGUGGCGGAACAAACACAGCGUGGAUGGGAGAAGACAGCGGAGGAUGUGGAUCUUCCUGAAUGGCUACAAAAGAUUCUGCGACUCGAUGAGGAAUCUAAAUCUCAGAAGGAGGGUCCCGGUGGAGGUGGAAAGGAGCCAAAGGAAGGUCGAGCAGUGGGAGCUGCAGCUGCAACGGGUGCUGCCUUUGGCUACGAUCAGUCCAAUGAGGAGGACUCACGAGAGGAUAGAGAAAUCGCUGAAGAUGAUCAAAUGAUGCUUCUUACACGCAAAAUGAUCGAGAUCCGAAAUAUUCUUCAAUCAGUCGGCCAGUCUGGAACGUUGACUCUGCCUUCCAUUGUGGUCAUCGGAUCGCAGUCUUCGGGGAAGAGCUCAGUACUGGAGGCUAUCGUUGGACAUGAAUUUUUGCCCAAGGGCUCGAAUAUGGUUACCCGUCGCCCAAUUGAACUCACCCUGGUCAACACCCCCAACGCCCAGGCUGAAUAUGGCGAAUUUCCCGCCCUGGGCCUCGGCAAGAUGACAGACUUCUCUUCGAUUCAGCGUACCUUGACCGACUUGAACCUCGCCGUUCCUGAGAGGGACUGUGUCUCGGACGAUCCGAUUCAAUUGACGAUAUAUUCUCCGAACGUUCCCGACCUCUCCAUGAUCGAUCUCCCGGGCUAUAUCCAGGUGGCAGGUCAUGACCAGCCCCCAGAACUGAAGCAGAAGAUUGCCGAUCUUUGCGACAAAUACAUCCAACCUCCCAACAUCAUUCUGGCCAUCUCGGCGGCUGAUGUGGAUUUGGCAAACUCGACAGCGCUCCGGUCCAGUCGGCGUGUCGAUCCCCGGGGUGAGCGAACCAUUGGUGUCAUCACAAAGAUGGAUCUCGUUACCCCGGAGCGAGGCCAUGAUGUUCUCACCGACGAGAAGUACCCUCUUCGGUUGGGGUACGUCGGUGUCGUGAGUCGGAUCCCUCAGACAAACGCCCUCUUCUCUCGAGGCUCUGGAAAUAUCACCAGCGCUAUUCUAAAGAACGAGAAUGCGUAUUUCUCGGCCCACCCAUCCGAAUUUGGGCCACACUCAGAUACUUCCGUCGGCGUUACGACACUGCGGAAGAAAUUGAUGCAUGUUCUUGAGCAGACCAUGGCCUCUAGCCUCUCAGGAACCAGAGAUGCCAUUAGCCAGGAGCUUGAGGAAGCUACGUACGAGUUCAAGGUGCAAUACAACGACCGGCCCUUGAGUGCCGAAUCAUAUCUUGCCGAGAGCUUGGAUAGCUUCAAGCAUUCCUUCAAGGCAUUUGCCGAGGCUUUCGGUCGGCCGCAGGUUCGUGAGAUGCUUAAGGCUGAACUGGACCAGCGGGUUAUGGAUAUUCUGGCCCAGCGUUAUUGGAACAAGCCCGUCGAGGAUCUGACUCCAAGACAACCAGAGCUGGACCCCCUCACGGAUUUACCGAAAGCUGACCCAGAUUCUCUUUACUGGCACCGGAAACUUGAUGCUUCAAGUUCUUCUCUGACGAAGCUUGGUAUUGGCAGGCUUGCCACUACUGUAGUUGCCAGUGCUCUCCAGAACCACGUGGACCAGCUUCUGGCCUCUUCCACGUUCGCUUCUCAUCCGGGAGCGCACAAGCAGAUUACAGACGCCUGCAACAGCAUUCUGAAUGACCGUUUCUUCAGCACGAGUGACCAGGUUGAGAACUGCAUCAAGCCAUAUAAAUUCGAAAUUGAGGUUGAGGAUUCGGAGUGGGCCAAGGGUAGGGAAAAUGUGAGCAAGGUGCUAAAGGAAGAACUUCGUGCUUGCGAGUCAGCUACGAAGCACAUGGAGGAUCAAAUUGGAAAGCGCAAGCUGAAGGAUGUGAUGUCAUUUAUUGACCGGGUCCUUAAGGGAGAUGUGGUAUUGGAGGGCAACGGCUCGGGUGGUGCUGGCGGCUUCAGCUCCGAAUUGCUGGAAAGAGGUCGAGAGGGCAUAUUCCUCCGUGAUCGAGCCGAUCUCAUCAAAAUGAGACUCCUGGCCGUUCGAUCCAAGCAAUGCGCCACGCAAAAGAACAAAUACUACUGCCCAGAGGUCUUCCUCGACGUUGUCGCCGACAAACUCACCUCAACAGCAGUGCUAUUCCUCAAUGUGGAACUUCUCUCCGAAUUCUACUACAACUUCCCCCGCGAGCUCGACGCACGACUCGGCCGCCACCUCUCAGAUGCCGAGAUUGAACGCUUCGCCCGUGAAGACCCGCGCGUCCGUCGCCAUCUCGACAUUAUCCGCAAGAAAGAGCUUCUUGAGUUGGCCCUGCAGAAGAUUGAAGGCAUCCGCCAGCUGGACGGUCGCAGCAUGCACCGGAAAGCGGAUCGUGCGCAGGCCGCAAAGGAUACUCGCAGUCGCUGGAACAUCUUCUGA